GAAGCUCUUUUGUAAAAAAACAAACAGAACCUUAAUGGUUCAGACCUCUUACUGGUUCAACAUUUAACCAUUCAGAUGUUGCCAAACAACCCCUUAAUAGUUUAGAACUCUUACCGGUUCAACACUUAAUCAUUCAGAAGUUGCCAAACAGUUAAUCCCAAGCAAAAGUGUGACAAACACCCCUCUAUACUUGAUGUAAGUUCCAUUUCAGACCCUAACGUUUACAUUGGUUGUAAUCAACACCCCAUAACAUAACCUCAAUCCUUUCUAAAUCCCUAAUCUGGGCACAAACCAAACACCCUGCAAUUCAUCUCUUUGAGGUUCAUCCAUGGCGACACUUCGGAUGAUAGACAUUGCAGUUAACUUUACAGAUAGCAUGUUUAAGGGUGUAUAUAAUGGAAAACAAUGCCAUUUGCCCGAUAUUGCAGCUGUUUUAGGUAGGGCCUGGAACGCGGGCGUUGACCGGAUUAUUGUCACGGGAGGAUCACUUGAGGAGUCAAAGGAAGCUUUAGCUAUUGCAGAAACUGAUGCAAGGCUGUUUUGUACAGUUGGAGUGCACCCGACACGAUGCAAUGAGUUUGAUGAGAGUGGAGAUCCAGAAAAGCAUUUCCAGGCACUAUUGUCAUUAGCUAAAGAGGGCAUUGAAAAAGGGAAGGUAGUGGCAAUUGGUGAAUGUGGACUGGACUACGACCGAACUCAUUUUUGUCCACCGGAUAUUCAAAAGAAGUACUUUGAAAGGCAGUUUGAAUUAGCACAUAUCCUGAAGCUCCCGAUGUUUCUUCAUAUGCGAGCAGCUGCUGGAGAUUUCUGUGACAUUCUUGAGCAAAACAAGCAAAGGUUCUGUGGCGGAGUUGCCCACUCAUUUACUGGUACUCCUGAAGACCGAGAUAAGCUUCUGGCAUUUAGCAAUCUCUUCAUAGGUAUAAAUGGGUGCUCUUUAAAAACUUCUGAAAACCUUGACGCUCUAAAGGGUAUCCCGGUUGAUAGAAUGAUGAUCGAGACGGAUUCUCCGUAUUGUGAGAUAAAAAACACUCAUGCCGGAAAAAAUUUCGUAAAAUCCACCUGGCCGUCUAAGAAGAAAGAGAAGUAUGACCAGGAUUGUUUAGUCAAAGGUCGGAAUGAACCAUGUUUAGUUCGGCAAGUUCUUGAGGUUGUGGGUGGGUGUAAAGGUGUUGCGGAUAUAAACCAACUGAGCAGAACUCUGUACCACAAUACAUGCAGGGUUUUCUUUCCUCAUGACUUGGAUUCUGCAGCAGAUGCUAUUCUUUCUGGUGAUCAAAUAUCCAAGUCUCGGAUCAGCAGCAGGAAACGAGUGGAUUUGACCCGUUGGGUCAGUUGGAUAUGUAUCACAUUCCAUCUUAUCAUCAAAUCCAUAUUUUGAUUCAUAGUUGCAAUGAAAUCCAAAUCUAUAAAGUCAUUAAGUUGUUUAAUCCAUAUUUUUAUUAUAAAACUAACAUCAAAUUUGAUAGUUGAUACAUCUUCUCGCUAAAUGCUGAUGUAACUAUAGGGAUUACUAGGAUCUUGACCUGCUGUGCAUUGCGGCGGCGUCGAAAAUUAUAAUAACUUGCAUUUAUAGUGUA